AUGAACGGCAUACCUGAAGACUCGGCGCCAUCGAGCGCCCCCUUGCGACAGCCCAAGAAGAGGUUCGUCGGUCGUCGGACAGCAGACGCGCAAGCUCAGAAGGAUGCAUCAUCCACCGCACAAAAUGUCGAGACUACCAGUAUACAAAAGGCCACCCCCCGCCGCACCCCCCGCACCCUAAACCAAGUCCCUCCCGAAAUUCUCGAAGAUCCGGAAAUCCUCGCCGCCAUCGAACUCCUCCCACGCAACUACUCCUUCGAGAUCCCCAAGACCAUCCACCGCAUCCGCACCUCGGGCGCCAAACGCGUGGCACUCCAAUUCCCCGAAGGCCUCCUCAUCUUCGCCACAACCAUAUCCGACAUCCUGACUCAAUUCUGCCCGGGCAUCGAAACCCUGAUCAUGGGCGACGUGACCUACGGCGCCUGCUGCAUCGACGACUACACAGCGCGCGCACUUGGCUGCGACCUCCUUGUCCACUACGCACACAGCUGCCUGAUCCCCGUAGACGUGACCAAGAUCAAGACCCUCUACAUCUUCGUCGAUAUCAGCAUCGACACCACACACCUAAUCGCCACGCUAGAACGCAACUUCCAACCCGGAAAAACGAUCGCCACAGUCGGCACGAUCCAAUUCAACGCUACCCUCCACGGACUGAAACCCGUUCUCGAGCGCGCCGGCUUCAAGGUCCUCAUCCCGCAGAUCAUGCCUCUCUCCAAGGGAGAAAUCCUGGGAUGUACCUCCCCGACCCUCUCCGCCGACGAAGUUGAUAUCCUCCUGUACCUCGGCGACGGCCGCUUCCACCUCGAGUCCGCGAUGAUUCAUAACCCGGCUAUCCCGGCGUACCGGUAUGAUCCGUACUCGAGGACGUUGUCCCGGGAGACGUAUGUUCACGACGAAAUGCACACGCUGCGCCGGGAUGCGAUUAACACGGCGAAGUCGGCGAAGAAGUGGGGGAUUAUUCUGGGUUCGUUGGGACGACAGGGAAACCCUAAUACGAUGGCGAUGAUUGAGAGGCAUUUGAAUGAGAGGGGCAUUCCAUUUGUUAAUCUCCUCCUGAGUGAGAUUUUCCCGGGAAAGUUGGCGUCCAUGGGGGAUGUGGAAUGCUGGGUGCAGAUUGCUUGUCCGCGGUUGAGUAUUGAUUGGGGGUAUGCGUUUGCGAGGCCGCUGUUGACGCCGUAUGAGGCGUUGAUUGCGUUGGGGGUGAGAGAGGGGUGGGAGACGGAGAAUAAUGGGGUUUAUCCUAUGGACUUUUAUGCGAAGGAGGGGCUGGGGAGGACAAAGCCGGGCCAAGCGAUUGCGACGUGA